GCGGCGGUAGUCACGGUAGUGGCGGUAGUGGUGGCGGCAGCGACGACCGAAAGUAAGAAGGAGAGUCGCAGCAGCAACAGCAACAGCAGCAGCAUCAACUCUCGCAGAUAGUGGGGAAGCGCAACGGCCUUCCAACAAAACGAAAACGAAGAAGAAGAAGAAAAGACCGGUGCCGUGUAGUGGGAGAAAAAGCGAGCGCGAGGUGUGUGCGCGCGCGCGUACCUCCGCAGUCUCCAGGAGAGCAACGGGCCGAUCGGCAUGGCACCACCGGUGCCGAUUUCACGCGAGAAACCGCGCGCCGAGCCGCGCAGCGAGAGUCGCCGCUUAUACGGCCGUCGCCGUAGCCGCCGGCCCGCGGACCGUUUUUCUUUUUAACACCUGUGCGUGCCCGAGCGUGAUACCACCGCCGCCGCCACCGCCACCACCAACGCCGUUCGAACGGGACGAGAGAUCGAGGCGGGAUACCAGGGAGACUCACGACCAAACAAGGCGAGAGCGCGAGUCCGGCGCAGCACGCGCGACGAGAUGACGACGAUGGCGACCAGCACAGCUCGGCUCUUUAGUGACGCCGAGACAGGAUUAUUCAGCAAGAGCGGCAAGACCUACGGGCCGAAGCAGCAAAACGGGAUGAACGUUUUGAACGGCGACCACGGCAGCAAGUGCUUCUGCUGUCCAUAUGGCUAUCACAUCGACCUCGACUUCGUACGCUACUGUGAGAACUGGCAGGCAGCAGCGAGCGACAGGAUUGCCCGGGGGAACGCGGAGAAGCGUCGUCGUCGCGCCCGGCAAAAGCAGUGCCAGUCGAUGGAGUUCCUCCUCGGCUUUCCCGAGGAAAAAGGGUUAUACGCCGAUCAGUCACUGGCACCAUCAUCGAAGCCGGCACCUCCGAAGCCUCCACCGAAGCCGAAUCUCGAUAGUCUGAAGCUCAAUCAGGAUUGGCAAGACACUCUGAGCAAUUUCGAGCAAACCCUAUCACAAUCGUACACGGGCCCAAGUCUCAGCAGCAUCACAACCACACACAGCAGCAGCAGCAAUUCGCCUGCUCGUCGACACAGCGCGUCCGACACGAGGCCAAACACGAAAGGCAGUAACGGCAAGCGGCAGGAGCAGCAGCGGCGCUCGCGGUCAUGCCAGCGCGAGCCAGAGGACGAGGCCGAGCCGGCAUUGGCAGAGCCCCCGACGUUAUCCUCGAGCAAGCUCGUGCUCCGGCAUAAGCACCGGCAGCAGCCGAGCGAGGAGUCAGCGAGCCGCGUCGAGAACCGCCCAUGCCUGCAGAACAUUCGCGAGCAGAUGGCCGCGGCCCUUGAGCGCAUGAAGCAGCUCGAGGAGCAGGUCAAGGAAAUACCCCUCCUCCACGUGCAGAUGUCCGUCCUGAGGGAGGAGAGGCGCAUACUACUGAGGCAGCUCGCGAGCCAGAGGAGGCUCAAUACCGGCCAGCAGACGGCGGGGAGGCGGGAGGUCGGCACCUCGUGCAAGAUCGUCACCAGGGACGUUGGCGUCUCCCAUCGGCAGACGAUAACCCGAGACACAUCGACGAACACGCGACCAGUUUCUCUCAGCAACCGGUCCACCGAGACGCCGGCGGGGACGACGACGACGACGACGACGACGACAACGACAACGACAAAAGGGAGCGCGCCAGCCGAUGCCAGGAUGUGUAUGUCCAAGGCCACGCAGUGCUUCGGUAGGAGUUACGUCCCGCCCUCUUCCGACAAAUCAGUCCAGUGCUCAAAGCCAGUGGGGCCGGCACUCGCGAGCAAAACAACCCAGUGCAAACCCAGAAGCGAGAACAAGGACACGGGCAACUCUGGAUUCCCGGUGCAGAGGAAACCAAGCCCCGAGAGACGCGAUCCUAUCAUCAGGAAGAACAAAGAGGUGCAGGCUACGGAAAGUCAGCCUUGGGUAAAGCUGAAGCUCAGCACGGGUGUAACGGCGAAACCGAGCGUCGCCGAUGUGAGCACCGAAACAACGGACGCGUCGAUCGGCCUUAUGGCCCUUCGCCGUCAGCAGCAGCUCGGCGGGCCCAAGUCCGUCGGAGUGGGCGUCGGCCGAGACCUGGUGGCCUGCACGAGUCGCGGCACGGAGACGACGGGCCCGCGGAGGCGGGACUUCGGGACCUCGCCACAGCGCAAACUCCUGAUCGACGUGUCGGUGGGCACGUCGCUGCCGAGCACCGCCACCGUUAGAUCGAGCACCAACUACUGCGACGAGUGCAAGCAGAUCAGCAAGAGCCUGAUCGAGAGGGACGCGACCAAGAUCGUCCCGGAGUCGGGACAGCGUCGAAAGUCCGAGAGCCCAGCGGAGCCCGGCUUGAAGAAGAGGCCGGAGAUCGCGAGGACACGGAUACCGAUGAUGAGCGACCCCAAGGGCGAGAGGCGGACGAUGCUUAUCAGACACGAUACUUGGACGGGGAGUCUCGAUCAACUAGGCGAUGAGUCGCAGAAUAUAAACAAGUAUGCCGAAUGCCUGCUAGUGCAAUCGUCCGAUAAGCAACGGAACGAAAACGACGUCGAGGAGGCAGAGAGGGACGGCCGCCACGAUGCAAAGCCUGCGGUCGACGAUGACAUUAGUCCCGCGUCGGAAGCGGACAAAACGAAGGAGCUCGACGAUGCCCUCGUCACCAGCAUGGUCCUCGAGACGCCGAAAAUACCCGCACAGCGCCCGCCUAUGGAACUCUCGCGGGAGAUGCGAGCCGCCCUCAAAGUUCUCGACGACAAUCUCAGGAAAGUGAGCGCGGGCGGAAUUUUGCCGAGCCGAGUGAAGAACGCGAGCAACAUCGUCCAGCACGAGUGGUUCAAGGUUUCGAGUACCGCUCAGGCGGAUCCCCACAGCGUGGAGUUCUACCUGGACCAAUUCGAGCACCACUCGGGCUCGCUCCUCGGGCACGUGGUCAACCUGACGGACUCGAGCGGCAACACCGCCAUGCACUACGCUGUCUCCCAUGGCAAUUUCGAUGUUGUCUCCAUCCUCAUCGACUCGAAGGUCUGUGACGUGAAUCGGUCCAACAACGCCGGUUACACGCCGGUGAUGCUCGCUGCCCUGGCGCAGGUGCGCAACUCGACCCACGCCUCCGUUGUCAAACGUCUCUUCCAAAUGGCCGACGUUAACGUGCGCGCGAGGCUGCACGGCCAGACGGCUCUAAUGCUCGCCGUGUCCCAUGGUCGCAAGGACAUGUCACGGCUCCUGCUCGAGGCCGGCGCGGCUGUUAACCUCCAGGACGAGGACGGAAGCACGGCUCUAAUGUGCGCCGCCGAGCACGGCCACGCGGACAUCGUGCGGCUGCUGCUCGGCCAGCCGGACUGCGACUCGGCGAUCCUCGACGUCGACGGCAGCUCGGCCCUCAAGAUCGCCUUGGAAGCCGGCCACGCGGACAUUGGAGUUCUCCUCUACGCCCACCAGCGUGCCAGCCGAACAAGCCCGAUGCCCGGGGCCUGUCCCGCAGCUCUACCCGCCCCGCGACCGGGCAAGAGGCAGCGCACGAACUCCGGACAGCAUCACGGGGCCGGCGCUUCCCAACAGUACUCGGCCCUCUCGAUGUCGGCACCCGCGAGCCCCAUCGCCGCCGCUACCAGGCGCUUCCAUUCCUCGAGCCUCUCGCUCGUCGACGCACCCAAAUACUCGUUGUGAACGCGCGCUACCCCCC